UCCCGACAGCGAAGCGUCCCCGGGUCCUCUAACUGUACGAGAAACUGCCAUGUGGCGAGCUCUUGCCUUUGUUGUGUUUGGCCUCUCGCUCUAGCGUUCGAGGGGUUGCUUUGUGUUAGCCACACUUUAGGUAGGUCUGCUAAAGCUCAGAGAGGUGGAUCCGCUUCUCUGAAGGCCCUUGAGGAUUACAGACUCGACUGCAGUGUUUGUGACUGUGGAGUCUUGGCCUCAAAAUGUACAUAAGGCAGCUUUUCCAGUCCUCACAUCUCCAGUGGGCCUGGAGGGCAGCCUUCUUGGAACACAUCCAGGGCAGGCAUCAGCGAGCCAGGCGAUGGGCACAUUCUGGAGGCGGCACCUACAAAGCGGUGAUUUUUGACAUGGGUGGAGUUCUCAUUCCGUCUCCAGGGAGAGUGGCUGCAGAAUGGGAGCUACAAAACCAUAUCCUUCCUGGAACUAUACAGAAGGCCUGGAUCUUAGGUGGCGAAAAUGGACCCUGGAUAAAAUUUAUGAGGGGAGCGAUAACAACAGAGGAUUUCUUGCAAGAAUUUGGGAGACUUUGCUCUGAAAUUUCGAAGACAUCCGUCCCGGUGGGCUCCUUUUUGUCUCUGCUGACCAGCGAGCAAGUGGCAAAGCAGUUCCCAGUGAUGACCGACGCCAUAACUCAAAUUCGAGCAAAGGGCCUUCGGACUGCAGUCUUGAGCAAUAAUUUUUAUCUUCCCAACGGGAAAAGCUUUUUGCCCCUGGACCGGAAGCAGUUUGAUGUGGUGGUGGAAUCCUGCCUAGAAGGUGUUUGUAAGCCAGACCCCAGGAUCUAUAGGCUGUGCUUGGAACGGCUUGGCCUGCAGCCUUCUGAGUCCAUUUUUCUUGAUGAUCUUGGACCGAAUCUAAAAGCAGCCGCCAGCCUUGGCAUUCACACCAUACAGGUCAAUGACCCAGAGACUGCCAUAAAGGAACUAGAAGCCCUUUUGGGCUUUACAUUGAGAAUGGUUAUUCCAAACACUUGCCCUGUGAGAAAAACAGUGGAAAUUCCAAGAGAUUCCUUGGAGAAGUACCUCAAAGACUUGCUGGGGACCCAAAGCACAGGCCCAUUGGAACUCCUCCAGUUUGAGCAGGGGCAGUCAAACCCAACCUACUAUGUCAGACUCGCCAACCACCAGCUGGUUCUGAGGAGGAAAUCCCCGGCAACACUUGUUCCAUCCACCCAUGCACUGGAGAGGGAGUUCAGGACAAUGAAAGCCCUUGCAAAUGCUGGAGUGCCUGUCCCCAAAGUUCUUGACCUCUGUAAAUAUUCAUGGGUCAUCGGCAUUCCCUUCUAUCUGAUGGAAUACUGCCCAGGCCUCAUCUACAGAGACCCCUCUCUGCCAGGUUUGGAGCUCAGCCAGAGGCAGGCCAUAUACACUGCCAUGAACAGAGUCUUGUGCAAAAUUCACAGUGUGGACCUCAAGGCUGUAGGCCUACAAGACUACGGGAAACACGGGGACUAUAUUUCACAUCAGGUGCAAACCUGGAUUAAACAGUAUCGAGUUUCAGAAACCCGCACCAUCCCGGCGAUGGAGAGGCUCAUCCAAUGGCUGCCAUGCCAUCUUCCAAGGCAACAGAAAAUGACAGUGGUGCAUGGGGACUUCAGGCUGGACAACCUAGUGUUCCAUCCAGAAAAGGCCGAGGUGCUUGCUGUCCUCCACUGGGAGUUCUCCACCGUAGGCGACCCCCUUGUGGAUGUGGCCUGCAGCUGCCUGGCUCAUUACCUGCCAUCCAGUUCUCCCACUUCCCUGCUGCGAGGUUUGAGUGACUGUGAUUUCACUCAGCUGGGAAUCCCUACUGUAGAGGAGUAUUUGAGGAUGUACUGUCUUCACUCGGAGAUCCCUCUCCCUGAGAACUGGAACUUCUACAUGGCUUUCUCCUUUUUCCGCAUGGCCGCAGUUGUGCAAGGAAUCUAUAAGCACUCACUCACAGAGCAAGCAAGCUCGGCAGCCACCAAACAAAAUGAAAAGCUGAUUGAAUAUAUGUCCAACCUGGCAUGGGAUUUUGCAGUCAAAGAAGGGUUCCGGGUUUUCAAAGAGAUGCCUGCCACAAAACCACCAAUGAGGAUAUAACUGCUGUGCCUGGGGUUCUCAGCAGGGCCUGUGACCAGCUCGAGUGUGGUAGGACCUCAGUGGUCAACUCAGCCCUCCUGUCUCUUCCCUGCUGAUUGAAUAUCUCCAUGGAAAGCAGCAUGUUGCGAGUCAGUAAGACGACAUUAACACAGCAGAACCUUAGCUCACUGACUGGAUACAUCUGUUACCCUCCUAGACAGGUAAAAGGAGGGCUGACUUGAAUGAUCUCUGGGACGCCUGCAUGGCUCAGUCAGUUAAACAUCUGCCUUCAGCUCAGGCGACGAUCCCAGAGUCCUGGGAUCGAGUUCCGCAUCAGGCUCCUUGCUUAGGGAGGAGCCUGCUGCUCCCCGUGCUUGUGCUCUCUUUCUCUGACAAAU